AUGGCCCUUCAAUAUCCUCCAUCCUAUUCCUCACUCCCUCGACUCACCAUCAUUCUUUGCUUCUUCAUCAUUCUGUAUUUCCCUUUUUGUUCAACAUCAUCGUCAUUUCAUGUCUCUUCUACAUCUGCUUUUGCUUCUACCACUUCUUUGAUUAUUGAGCAAGAAAAAGAAGCACUUGCUCUUCUAACAUGGAAAUCCAGCCUUCAUAUUCGAUCACAAUCUUUCCUCUCUUCUUGGUCUGGAGUUUCUGCAUGCAAUAAUUGGUUUGGAGUUACUUGCCACAAGUCAAAAAGUGUCUCCAGUUUAAACCUUGAAAGUUGUGGUCUAAGAGGUACGCUCUACAAUCUCAAUUUCUUAUCACUCCCCAAUCUUGUCACUCUUGAUCUUUAUAACAACUCGUUCUAUGGAAUCAUUCCCACCCACAUUAGUAAUCUUUCCAAAUUUAUCACCAUCCUUGACUUGGGUUUCAAUAAUUUUGAUGGUCUCAUACCUCACCAAGUUGGAUUGCUAACAUCUCUUAUUUUUCUUGCAUUGCCUUCCAACCAUUUAAGAGGUCAAAUCCCUCCUUCAAUAGGAAACUUGAGGAACUUAACCAGUUUGUAUCUUUAUAGCAAUGAGUUUUAUGGUUUCAUUCCUCGAGAAAUUGGAUUGUUAAGAUCUCUUAAUAACCUUGUGUUGUCAACUAACAAUCUUAGUGGUCCCAUCCCGACUUCCAUAGGAAACUUGAGGAAUUUAACCACUUUGCACAUUUAUACUAACAAACUGUUUGGUUCCAUCCCUCAAGAAAUUGGAUUGUUAACAUCUAUUAAUGAUCUUGACUUAUCAAAAAACAAUCUCAUUGGUCUCAUCCCACCUUCCAUAGGAAACUUGAGGAACUUAACCACUCUGUACCUUCAUACUAACAAACUUUCUGGUUCCAUCCCUAAAGAAAUUGGAUUGUUGAGAUCUCUUAAUGAUCUUGAGUUGUCAACUAACAAUCUUAGUGGUCUCAUUCCACCUUCCAUAGGAAAUUUGAGGAAUUUAACCACUUUGUACCUUCAUACUAACAAUCUUUCUGGUUCCAUCCCUCAAGAAAUUGGAUUGUUGAGAUCUCUUAAUGAUCUUGAGUUGUCAGCUAACAAUCUUAGUGGUCCCAUCCCUCAUUCCAUAGGAAAUUUGAGGAAUUUAACCACUUUGUACCUUCAUAUUAACAAACUUUCUGGUUCUAUCCCUCAAGAAAUUGGAUUGUUGAGAUAUCUUAAUAAUCUUAAGUUGUCAACUAACAAUCUUAGUGGUCCCAUCCCGCCUUCCAUAGGAAACUUGAGGAAUUUAACCAGUUUGUACCUUCAUACUAACAAACUUUCUGGUUCCAUCCCUCAAGAAAUUGGAUUGUUGAGAUCUCUUAAUGAUCUUGAGUUGUCAGCUAACAAUCUUAGUGGUCCCAUCCCUCAUUCCAUAGGAAAUUUGAAGAAUUUAACCACUUUGUACCUUCAUACUAACAAACUUUCUGGUUCCAUCCCUCAAGAAAUUGGAUUGUUGAGAUCUCUUAAUAAUCUUAAGUUGUCAACUAACAAUCUUAGUGGUCCCAUCCCGCCUUCAAUAGGAAACUUGAGGAAUUUAACCACUUUGUACCUUCAUACUAACAAACUUUCUGGUUCCAUCCCUCAAGAAAUUGGAUUGUUGAGAUCUCUUAAUGAUCUUGAGUUGUUAGCUAACAAUCUUAGUGGUCCCAUCCCUUCUUCCAUAGGAAAUUUGAGGAAUUUAACCACUUUGUACCUUCAUAUUAACAAACUUUCUGGUUCUAUCCCUCAAGAAAUUGGAUUGUUGAGAUCUCUUAAUGAUCUUGAGUUGUCAACUAACAAUCUUAAUGGUCCCAUCCCACCUUCCAUAGGAAACUUGAGGAAUCUAACCACUUUGUACCUUCAUACUAACAAAAUUUCUGGUUCCAUCCCAAAAGAAAUUGGAUUGUUAAGUUCUCUUAAUGAUCUUGAGUUGUCGAUUAACAAUCUCAAUGGUCCCAUCCCACCUUCCAUAGGAAACUUGAGGAAUUUAACCACUUUGUACCUUCAUACUAACAAACUUUCUGGUUUCAUCCCUAAAGAAAUUGGAUUGUUGAGAUCUCUUAAUGAUCUUGAGUUGUCAACUAACAAUCUCAAUGGUCCCAUCCCACCUUCCAUAGGAAAAUUGAGGAAUUUAACCACUUUGUACCUUCAUAAUAACAAACUUUCUGGUUCCAUUCCUCAAGAAAUUGGAUUAUUGAGAUCUCUCUUUAAUCUUUCAUUAUCAACAAACAAUCUUAGUGGUCCCAUCCCUCCUUCCAUAGGAAACUUGAGGAAUUUAACCCAAUUGUAUCUUGAUAAUAACAGAUUUUCUGGUUCCGUCCCUCGAGAAAUUGGAUUGUUGAGAUCUCUUCAAGAUCUUGCACUGGCAACUAAUAAACUCAGUGGCCCCAUUCCUCAAGAAAUUGAUAAUCUCAUACAUUUGAAAUCCUUGCACUUAGAAGAGAACAAUUUUACUGGCCAUUUACCUCAACAAAUGUGUCUAGGUGGAGCACUUGAAAAUUUUACAGCCAUGGGCAACCAUUUUACCGGUCCUAUUCCAAUGAGCUUGAGAAAUUGCACUAGCUUAUUUAGAGUUCGGCUUGAAAGAAACCAACUCGAAGGAAACAUAACUGAAGUUUUUGGCAUAUACCCAAACUUGAAUUUUAUGGAUUUGAGUUCCAACAAUUUGUAUGGUGAGCUUUCUCAUAAAUGGGGGCAAUGUGGUAGCCUAACAAGCCUGAACAUAUCCCACAAUAAUUUGUCUGGUAUCAUACCACCUCAACUUGGGGAUGCAAUUCAACUGCAUCGACUUGAUCUCUCUUCAAAUCAUCUGCUCGGGAAGAUCCCUAGAGAACUGGGUAAGCUAACAUCAAUGUUCCAUUUGGUGUUAAGCAACAACCAACUUUCAGGCAACAUUCCUUUGGAGGUGGGAAAUCUUUUUAAUCUUGAACAUCUUAGCUUGACAUCAAACAACUUAAGUGGCUCAAUCCCUAAACAACUAGGAAUGCUUUCCAAACUAUUCUUUCUCAACUUGAGCAAGAAUAAAUUUGGGGAAAGCAUUCCUGAUGAGAUUGGGAACAUGCAUUCCCUUCAAAAUCUCGAUCUCAGUCAAAACAUGCUGAAUGGGAAGAUACCACAACAGCUUGGAGAACUACAACGCUUAGAAACAUUGAAUCUCUCCCACAAUGAACUCUCUGGUUCCAUCCCAUCCACUUUCGAAGAUAUGUUGAGUUUGACAUCUGUUGAUAUAUCUUCUAAUCAGUUGGAGGGACCUCUCCCUGACAUCAAAGCCUUUCAGGAGGCUCCAUUUGAGACAUUCAUGAACAAUGGUGGUUUAUGUGGCAAUGCCACUGGUCUGAAGCCCUGUAUCCCAUUCACACAGAAGAAGAACAAAAGGUCUAUGAUUUUGAUUAUCUCCAGCACCGUAUUUCUUCUAUGCAUUUCCAUGGGAAUUUAUUUUACACUUUACUGGAGAGCAAGGAACAGAAAAGGCAAGUCUAGUGAAACACCAUGUGAAGAUCUAUUUGCAAUAUGGCACCAUGAUGGAGAGAUAUUGUAUCAAGAUAUCAUUGAGGUGACUGAGGAAUUCAACUCUAAAUAUUGUAUUGGGAGUGGAGGACAGGGCACAGUUUAUAAGGCUGAGCUGCCAACUGGUCGGGUUGUUGCUGUGAAAAAGCUUCACCCACCACAAGAUGGUGAGAUGAGUAGUUUGAAAGCUUUUACAAGUGAAAUUCGGGCCUUAACAGAAAUUCGACAUCGAAACAUUGUGAAGUUUUAUGGCUAUUGCUCACAUGCAAGGCACUCGUUUUUGGUCUAUAAACUGAUGGAAAAGGGAAGCCUAAGAAACAUUCUAAGCAACGAGGAAGAAGCAAUUGGGUUGGAUUGGAGUAGGAGGCUAAAUAUUGUGAAAGGUGUGGCGGAGGCAUUAUCUUAUAUGCAUCAUGAAUGUUCACCCCCUAUAAUUCACAGGGACAUAUCCAGUAACAAUGUUUUAUUGGACUCUGAAUAUGAGGCUCAUGUAUCGGACUUCGGCACAGCAAGGCUUUUAAAGCCAGACUCAUCAUCCAAUUGGACCUCAUUCGCAGGCACCUUUGGGUAUAGUGCUCCAGAGCUUGCUUACACCACCCAGGUGAAUAAUAAAACUGAUGUUUAUAGCUAUGGGGUGGUGGCAUUGGAAGUAAUUAUGGGUAAACAUCCUGGUGAUCUCAUCUCAUCCCUGUCAUCAGCAUCAUCAUCGUCAUCAGUCACAGCAGUGGCUGAUUCUUUGUUGUUGAAGGAUGUGAUAGACCAACGCCUCUCACCUCCCAUACAUCAAAUCAGUGAGGAAGUUGCAUUUGCUGUGAAGCUAGCAUUUGUGUGCCAGCAUGUUAACCCCCAAUGUCGGCCAAGCAUGAGGCAAGUUUCUCAGGCACUAUCAAGUCAGAAGCCACCUUUGCAAAAACCAUUCCCCAUGAUUACAUUGAGAGAGCUGUUUCAGGGGUGAUCAUCCGGAAGCUCUCUGGUAGGUGGUCAAUAUGGAAAACCUCUGCUCUCUUAUACUUUUUCGGCCUUGAUUGCGCUCAUGCAAGUGAAUCUCUGUAAUUUCAUCUCUUUUCAAUCUUUGGUUCCUUAAAAAUAUUCUUGAGGAUCUAUUUUGUUUUCAAUAAGACAAUGCCAUCUUACUUGUAUUACUGUCCUUUCCCAGUUCAUGUACUAUGUUCAAUUGAAGUAUGUGAGAUGGUUUGAGAGUAUUAAUUUGGAAAGGAAUA